GGCAGCUCCUACCAUAUACCCACUGCAAUCUUCUUUAAAAGGGCUUAAAGGGUUCCUAUUAAAUCUUUCCCCUCUCAUCUUAAAGCUAUGUCGUCUGGUUCUUGAUGUAAAGUUCUUUAAUAGAACAUAACUUACAGAAUGGCAUCAGAGCACAUUUGACCUGGAAAAAGUAUCAUCCCAUUUUGGAAAUAAAUCAGUUUUUAAUUGUCAUAUUUCUCAGCUUCUGUAUCAUUAUGAAUGUUAUUUUCUAAUCAAUAUUCCUGGUCGCUUAAUGGAUUCAUUUUGAUAGAACUGUCUUUGCUUAAGUUUCAUCUAUCUGAAAUAAACAUAUUGUGUUUCUGAAUAGGUACACUAGUGCUCCAUCCAAAUCAGCCCAAUAGCAAAGGUGGAAGCUUCCAAAUUAACUUCCUCAUCCUCCCACCUGAUGUUGAUAGGUUGCUAAAUAAUCUAAAGUCCGUAUUAUAGUUACUGUUGUCCUAUAGAUUUACUAGUUGAGAUGUCAAUCAUCUUUGAUCCAACUGAAAUGGGUUUACUAAUCUCAGGAGUUUCCAAGGACACACUGUAGUGAAGCCAAAGCACUGAUACAAUUAAGCAAACUGCAGGACGACAGGAAUUCUCUGGAACUGAACUUGAAUAUUUUUUGGUUAACAUUCUUUUGCUUUGUUGCAGUGAUUCUGUGAUUCAUUCUUGCAAAAUUGUACAAAAUAAUGCAGUUUACACACCUAAAGAACAGCCAGCAUUCCUUGUUCAAUGCUUUAAACAGAUUUAUCACAGCUGCCACCGUCAUGGAUGAAACGGUCAUGGUGCCAAGUUUUCUGCGGGAUCUCCCAGCUGAUGAGGAAUAUCGUAGAGAAAACAAAAUCUCCAAACAAAGGGAUAUGCACGACGAUUACUUGCUCCUUAUGUCCAUCAAAAAUGACAUUGAGUCGGGUAUUUCAGAUGAACAAGUGAAGUCUGAUCUGGAGUUCAUUAAAGCCAGUGAAGAAGAUGGUGAUUUGGGAGAACUUCAGCAGCUGUUUCACCAUCAUUUGAAUGGAAUUUACAAUGUUUUCAGCAAGCUUACACUGCAAACUAACCAUCUAACCAACUGUUAUACGAAACAAUUAAUAUUUAAUAACUUAUAAAGUUAGAAAUCAAGUGUUGAAAUGCAUAUGUGGUCUGACUUUGUUUUGUUUUUUUUAAUUCCUCUCUGCUGGUGAAAAUGAGUGGACUUUCAAAAAGAUUAUAGUUCAGAAAUUUAUUCUUGACUAGAAAUCUUAACAAAAGGCAUUUAAAUGCAACAAAAUGACAAGUGAUUUACUUCUUCCUCUCAAUGAUACCUUUUUGAUUUUGUUUUAAAUUGUCUACACCUCUGGUGUUAUUAUGUAAAUGACAUUUUUGCUUAUUACUGUUUCUUCUGAAUUUAUUUGUAGUUUGGAAGAAUUAAACCAUGCUCCAUCUACCAGUGUCUACAAUGAUAAAUUAAUUCCAACCACAUGAUCAAAUCCCUUGUGCAAUAUGCUGUGUGAGAUAUGAAACACAACUUUAAUCAUUAUUUGUCACUAACCUUACCUCCAAAAGCUAAACUGCAGCUAGACCACAACUAAAUUAGAGUGCACUGUUAUUUAUGGAAUAUUGUUUUUGAUAAUUGCAUUUUGUUUUUGUUUAAGGUUUAAAUUUGAAGAACUUUUUUAAAGUUCAUUGUAGAUAACACUGUGAAAAAGCAUUUCUAAUAAUAUUAAAUGCAUGUUUCUGCCAUCUA